AACAUCCCCUCUCUCUUUAUCUAUAACUUUUUCUCUCUCACUAAAACUGAAGAACAUGAAAAUAGUAACGAUAUGCAAAUAGUUGUUCAUUUAGCUUCAAAUUCUCAAUUUGAUAGGGCUGUACCAUAUUAUCCUUAUGUCAGUAGCAUCAAGAACAUGACAUGAAAAUAGUAACGAUCUGCAAAUAAUUGUUCACUCGGUUUUCAAAUUCUCAAUUUGAGAGCGCAAUUCCAUAUUAUCCAAAUGUCAGCCACAAUCAAGAACAUAAAAAUAUUAAUGAUUCACAAAUAAAGGCUUAUUCAGCUUCGAAUUUUCAAUUUGAGAAGGCAAUUCCAUAUUAUCCAAAUGCGCAGCAGCAAACAAGAAUAUGAAAAUAGUAAUGAUCUGCAGAUAGGUGUUCAUUUAGUUUAAGAAGCACUUCUACCACUUUAUCAAGAUAAUAUUUACUUUCAGAGUUCAUCACCAUGAAGAUAGUAGCAGAGCUUGAAGAUGAACAAGAAGCAGAGUUUGAAGAUGAACAAUUUAGGGAAAAAAGGGUUUUAAUAAAGCAAAAUGGGUGGGUGGGCCAGGAAAAACACACGUACCUUACAGAAGUGUCCCUUUUUGUUGGGAUCAGGGAUAAUGAGUUUGUUGUUGGCCAGGCUGUGUUGAAGGCGGAAUCAAGCAAGAUCGCUAAACACGAGAAGGCUUGUUUAGAGAAUCAACAUGUGUUUAUCCCAUUCGCUUUUGAUACAUUUGGUUCCCUAGACCUAGAGGCUGUGGAAUUCUUAAAUAGGGUCCAAUGGGUUAUGAAUAGUAGUCUCUCAACAUUUAAGGGUCGUUUUGUCUUUAGCAGGAUUGGUUUUGCAAUUCAAAAGGGGAUUGCGGCGCAGCUUGUUGCCCGUUUAUCUACCACUUGUUUGUAAUUUGUUACUUUGUCAUUUUAAUGAAGAUGAUUAUGAAAUGGGUACGAAA